CGUCGCGACGACCGACGUCGUACCCGUCGUUCCGGCGUCGACGUGCUCCUUCUUGCACGGUUGAUUCGCGAUCAAGCGUAAUUCACCGACCAUUCUUCGUUCCGACGCGUCUUCGUUCUCUCGCCAUCGCCAUUUUCGGCCAUUUUCUGCCUCGUUGAAAUAAUUAUUGUUACGAAAUAAGCGAAAAACGGGUGGAUAAAUUUUCUAGUCGCCUAUACUCUGGUGGUAUAUAUAAAAAUCGAUCGUUGGAUCGAAAGGUUCGAUAUCGAUAGUGGAUCGAGAAGGGUACAGUGGAUUGGCAGGCGACCAGAGUGGAUCAGUGUCGUUCGAGCGAUCGACUCGGUGAAACGAUCGACCAUCACGGUGGGAGGAGAAACGCGUCUCGGUGAUCGGAUGCAGACUGAUUGGCUCCUUGGAGGAGGAUCAGCUGAUCGUGUGCUAGCUGGAAUAUAACGUGUCGAUCGUUUUUAGUUGUUACGAGGUGGGAUCGUUCGUUCUCGAGGUGGUUGGCAACGUUUAUUUUAUCAAGAAUUUUUUUCCAAAACAACCCGACCGAGGAUCGAAGAUUCGCCGGGGCAGACCCGCCGGAGUCUCUCACUCUCUCUCUCCCCCUUCUCUCUCUCUCCCCCUCCUCCCCCUUGGAGGAAGCCAAUAAAUCCUCGAGAGAACGCAGACAACGGAAGGAGAAAGAAGAGAGAAACCCUUUACCUCUCUCUGCUUGCUCGAGCAUGUUAACGAGACGCGACCAGGAAGAGACUUGCUAACCUUUCCAAGAUAGAAAAAAAAAAAAGAAGAAGGGAGAAGAAGAAACCGAAAGUCUCGUGAGAAGAAUUCUUUCUUUCGAGAGGAGGUGAAGUGAAGAGGAUUCAAAUCGAUCGCUACGCUCGAUUCCUUCUCAGGUCCUGCGAAGGAGGAGGGAGGGAGGAGGAGGGGCGUCGAGGGAAGAGAGAGAGAGGAGGAGGAGGAGGAGGUGUGUGUGCGGUGCAGAUGAGGCCACGAUCAAUCUGCGAUAGGGUGGCGGAGGAGUAUUACGAGCCUGACGGUUGUUACUGCGAGAAUCGGUGCUUCUGACAGCCGGACGGCAGGAGGGACAGACAGACGGUAGUGUGCCACAGCAGCCGCAGUGCUUGCGAAUACUCGAUGGAUGAGUUCCAUCCAUUCAUUGAGGCCCUUCUACCAUUCGUGAAGUCUUUCUCGUACACGUGGUUCAACCUACAAGCCGCCAAGAGGCGUUAUUACAAGAAGCACGAAAAACGGAUGAGUCUCGAAGAGGAACGUCAGUGCAAGGAGGAGCUUCAGAACGAGAAGCUGGAGGUGAAACAGAAAUGGGCCUCGCGGCUUUUGGGCAAGUUGCGAAAGGAUAUCACGCAGGAGUACAGAGAGGACUUCGUGCUGAGCAUAACGGGGAAGAGGCCGGCCAUGUGCGUCCUUAGUAAUCCCGAUCAGAAGGGUAAAAUGCGCCGUAUCGACUGCCUGCGUCAAGCCGAUAAGGUAUGGAGGUUGGACCUAGUAAUGGUGAUCCUCUUCAAGGCAAUUCCGUUGGAGUCGACGGACGGGGAACGGCUGGAGAAGACUGCGGAAUGCGCUCAGCCGGGCCUCUGCGUCAACCCCUAUCACAUCAACGUCUCCGUCCGGGAACUCGAUCUCUACCUCGCCAAUUUUAUCACCAGCCACGAGGUGCUAAACGGUAUCUGCAACGCGAGCAAGGAGGAGGAGAGGCGGCGAAAAGGUGCAGGCUACCACGAACUAUAUAACGGUGUUGUCUGCAAUGACACGAUACUAGCGACAGGUGUCUUCAGCUCGAAGGAGCUUUGGAUGCUUUCAAAAGCGUCCAUACUGCAUGACCUCAGCGACAUGCAGCCUCAAAUAAACGCGAUCAAAAUAGAGCACCCGCCGUACUACUGCAGCAGCUACACCCCUCCGUCCGCAGCCACGGCCGCGGAUCAUGCUCAGCCAGCGGCUAGCUUCAGCCCGCCACCGGUGCAUCAGCUCAUAAGGAACGACAAGACUGAAAAGCCUCCGACGGUAUCCGUGUCGAGCGCGCCGACAUUCUCGCCGGUGCUCAGGCCCGAGGAUGGCCACCGUGGAAUGGACUCGCCGCACUCGCAGACGGGAUUGCACUCGCCCCACGAAGGACUGGCCGGUGGCUCCGGUCAAGCCAUGUCCGGCCUCGCCUACUACCAGCCGGAGCACCCUGCCUCCACGGGGGUGGUCAAGUACCCCGAGAACGGUCACGACACCCUGUCGGAUUUCGUGACGUUCGUCUGCCAGGAGGCCGAGAAUACCCAGCAACUGCCCCAGGCGCAGCUAGCCGGACCCCGGACUGGUAUACAAAAGUUCUCACAGUAUUAUCCGAGCUCGAUGCUGCCCCCGCCUCCCCCUGCCCCGAUGGCCAGGCCCGUCGCCAUUAUAAGGUCGACGGGAGAGCUGACGGCGGCGAGCUCGAACUCGCCCCCCACCUCUUCCACCUCGCCUACGGACCCGGCCGAGCUGGCGUCCAAUCAGGAGCAAAUGGCCGCCGCGGCGGCGGUGGGACUGGUCAGUUCCGGCUGCCAGAGCUCCGUGGAUCCAGCCGGAAGGAAGAGCCCAGCGAGGAUCCUCGUCACAGCGCCCCACACAAGCCGGGAGUAUACUUUUGCUCACUUUCACUCUCAACCUGGACAGCAAAUAUUCACGUAUCCUACGAUCAGCUCGAUGUCGGGAGUGAUCUCGCCAACUAACCUAUCCCUGUUCUCGUCCCCCGUCUCGGUGACGAGGCCUGUUGCCACGCAGAGAUCCGUGUCUAAUGUGCCGCCGCGUUGGAACACGGCGCCGUUCAUCAAUCUAGAGGACGAUUACAACAUGAUCGCACCGAUCAUCACGGGGACGGCCAGCGAGCCCCCCUCCACCAUGGACGAAGACCGAUACUUUCAUCCAGUGCACACGAGCAGCGUGGUGGACAAGAGCGGGGCAGGUAACUUGAUGGGGACGGAUCUGGGCGUGGCCACGGAUCCGACCUCGCACCACCAUCAACAAGCUCAACAACAACAACAGCAACAACAGCAACAGCAGCAGCAACAACAACAACAACAAGCUCAACAACCGCCUCAACAAACCGGCCAACAACAACAGCAGCAGCAGCAACAAGUGAUGCAGGACAAGAGCGGAAGACCCAAGUCUCCCCCGUGACACUGGAGGCUUAGAGCGGAAAGCGUGGAGAAGCUCGCGUGUUCCACGGGGUCGUUACUCACCGGCGCGUACGAUAAUUGUUACCCUGAGCCGGAGGGGAGUCGUCAGGAUUCCUCGUGUCGUGUUCAGCUUCGCGAUCUAAGCCUGCGGAGAAUCGAGUGCCUGAGAGUCUGAUCCGUAGUUUAAGGGGGGCGAGGGCAGCGUCGAGGGGAGGAUCCCGCUCCCGGUUCCUCCUCGAAAGGGGAGGGCCGAACCUUGCCAAAGGGUGACAAGGGGGGGGCGUUGUCAUUUCUUCUCCAUUCCUCCACUCCUGGUGAGAUCGGUGCCUUUCCUACUUCUCGCCUUUCGUGGCAAAUCUCGUCUUUCUUCUCGCUUCUCUUUUUAUCUCUCUUCUUCUUGCCUCUCUGUGAAAAAUUGGUCGAUGUAAAAAAAGAGAAAAGAAAAGAAGAUAGACUUUAAAAUUUUGUUACUACUACUUAAAUUAGUAUAUGAAAAUAUACUAGAAAUUUAUUAAUUUAUCAAUAAGAUUUUAUUAAAUUGUAUAUUAUAAAUCCUUUAUGGGUAAGGAAUUUUUUUUGAUUUCUCCAAAAAGAAAAGAAAAGGAAGGAAAGGUUCCGUGCUUGGAGGAGGAGGUUUAAGCGUUUCGGUCAAUUAUUACUUCCGCGCCACCGGAAGCGUCGUUCUCCUCUCUCGACGCGCUGUUAAUUUCUGACUCUUUCUCUCCCUCUCUCUCUAUCUCUCUAUCUCUCUAUCUCUGUAUCUAUCUAUCUCUCUCUCUCUUUCUCUCUCUUUCUCCGUCGAGCGUCCUCGACGGACGUGAGUAAGGACCCCUCAUCUCGUCUCCUAAUUAAGAAAUCGUGUCCCGAUCGUCGCCCGAUCGGCCCGCUUCGACCGAUGAUAAAUAAUAAAUAAAUAAUAUUAAUAAUAUUAAUAAUAAUAAUAAUAAUAAUAUUAAUAUUAAUAACAAUAAUAAUAAUAAUAAUAAUAAUAAUAAUCCGUAGACAAUUUAAAUUUUGAACGAGGAGAAAAGAACGAGAAAAGAGCGCGAAAAGAAAGAAAGAAAAGGAAAGGAAAAGCGUGUACAGUUUCCCGCGCGAUUUUAUAAAAACCGACCGUCUUGUUUCCUAAUUAUUAUCCGCUUUCGAGGCCCUUCCGAAACGUGUGUUUUUUUGUACAUACACGCUCGUGGUAUUUUAUAAAAGUUACAACGGGGAACGUGUAGAUCUAGUCUACGAGAGGAGAAAAAAAAAAAAAGAGGAAAGAGAAAAAAAGAAUGAUCGAGCUGCGCUCUUCCAGAAAGAAGGAUUGAACAACGAAGCGAAGAGAUUGAGAGGAAAGAAUAAUAACAAUAAUAAUAAUAAUAAUAUUAAUAAUAAUAUUAACAAUAAUAAUAAUAAUAUUAAUAAUAACGAUAAUAAUAAUAAUAAUAAUAAUAAUAAAUAAAAGGAAAAAAAAAGAAGGAGAAAUUUCUAGUGCCAAUUUCGUAGUUUAUAAAUAUUAUAACGAAAUUAUAAUUUUCUAUUAUAUUUUUUUAUAAUAUUUAUGAAGGAAACGUAUACACGUACGCGUACACAUGCUUAUUUAGACGACACGUAAAAAGUAGUCGAAAUAAAGGACGAAAAGGAGAUGCUUUUCUAUUGUUCGAGAUGAUCGAGAACAUUUAAGAGAGGGAAAGGAAAAAAUGAUAAAAAAAAAAGAAAGAAAAAAUACCGACGCGUGAGAAGAGAAAAAUAAGGAAGGAGAAGGGUCGAGGGGAUCCGAUCGGUCGAGUAUCGGUCAAAACGGAAGUUAACCGGUCCACGAACCACGGAUAAUAAUAAUAAUAAUAUUAAUAAUAAUAAUAAUAAUAAUAAUAAUAAAUUAUGAUAUUAAUAAUAACUGAUAAUUGAUAUAACUUUAUAAUUGUACCGUUAAUUAAACGCCUAAAUGCUCAGGCUAGUGCUGAAACACUAGUGAAAAGUAUAAUACAGAGGAAAAAAUAAUACGAAAAUAGAGAGAAGACGACUAGUUGUGCGGGCUAGUCAACAGAGGCUGCUAGUUAGAAACAAAGUGAAUAAUAUUUAAUAUUGAUUACUUAUUGAUAAAUUAAGCGGUUAAUUAAAAAAAAAAAAAAAAAGGAGAGGAAAAGAAAAAGAGAAGACGUAACACACAAGACGUUAUUUCAUUGAUGAUUUAAAACGAUAUAAUGGCGUGAUUAAGAGGGCGAAGAAACUGAAAAGAAGAGGAAGGAAAAGAAGAGGAAGAGGAGGAGAAAGUCGAAGAAAGAAAAUUAAGGGAAACGAGACUAUGAGAAGAAAAAAAAAAAAAAAACGAUUUUCCGAGGAAGAGAGGACGAUGUUUCGAGAUAGUUAGAGAUCUAUAAUUAUUAACUUACUUAGGAAUUUAGUGUAACGUCGCGCAACGAGAUAACGUAACAUCGAACUUAACGACAACGAAGGUCCUAAACUAAUAAUGUUGUAUAUUGUAUCCAAAAGUGCUUUCUCUCUCUCUCCGUCGACUGUACAUUGAAUUAGGGUGUCUGACGAUACGAAUUUUUUUCUUUUUCUUUCUUUUUUUUCUCUCUCUCUCUCUCUUCUUCUUUGAGCUCAACGCUUUCGCUGCCAAUCGUUGCGUAGAAAGGCUAAAAGAAGAAUUAUAUUCUUUCUUUUAAUUGUAAUAACUUUUAAUUGUAAAAAUCUCAUGAUGGAAUUUAUUUACUUUUCAAAAAAAAAAGAAAAACAAUUUCAAAGAUUAAUAAUUGUAGAAAAAUGUAAGAUCGAAUAUCUAUAUAUUUUGUAUAAAAAAAGAAGAAAAAGAAAAGGAAUUCUGGCAGCGUAAGAGUUGGAAAGCAAACACGAGGGGCGAUCUGUCUUGUUAUAUAGCGACUCCCGAGGAACCCCCUUAAAUAAUGAUGCGCUUAAUGUACUCGCUAGAUGGCCAGAUAGCUUUUCGAGGUGGUUCUUCCUGGGUUUUGUUUCGCGAGAACAACCCCCUUUCGUUUUUUUUUUCUCUCUUUCUCUCUUCGAGUGAGGUUGAAAGGGUGCGCGGCGUCCUUGCCCAUUAGCGACGACUGGAUCCAACUGGAUCGUGGAACUCGAUUGACUCGCGCCCCAUUCGAAUUCGCGUUGCGAUUCGCAAAGAAAGGAAGGGAAAGGAAAGAGAAAGAAAAUUCUAUUCUGUUGCGGCGAGCGGUUGCUUUUUAAUUUUCGAAUUCGAAUUUGACUCGGUUUCCAGCGUUUUAUCUUGAGAGGAAAAAUAAGAUGGCGAUCGUUCAAAGCUUUGAUACACAUAACGUUACGUUCGUUCAUUGUAUCUCCUCCCUCCCUGAUCGUUGAUUUGUGUUUGCUCGCUUGUCUGUGCUUCUAUAUGUGCCUUUGUAAAUUAAUAUUAAUCCGUAGCGUUUAAUCCGUGCUCUAGAUCUAUGUAGAAAAUCCUUGGAGAAAAACCUUAGUUGCGAGUGGCUUUAUAGGAUCUCAAGAUUUUCUCGGUGCUCGGAGCGGUUUUCUUCGGUCGUCGAAUCAUCAUUUUACUUAUCCGUUGUACUUAUUAUUAUUAUUAUACUUGUUGUUGUUGAUGCGAGACAUCCGAGUUGGUAGAGAAUUCAGUUUUGCCGGAGGAAAGUGUCCAGGAUCGAGUCGAAAUCGCGGUUAAAUGGGAAGAAUGGAGGCACCCUGUCAAUCGGUUCGUAGUGAUAGUACAAAGAACUUGAGACUAGCGAUAUUAUCGAUAAUUAGUGUUAAAAGAAAAAGAAAAAAAAGAAAAAAAAAAAAGAGAUAAAAGAGAGAACGAAGCGUAAGAUUUACUUACAGGCUCGAGUUAAGAGAGGAGUGAACAAGGCGAUAAUAUUAUUCCUAUAAAGAAUUUGCUUCUUACCGCUACUAACCACUAUUAAGAUGAGGCGACGAUGAAUACCGCUGCAACUAUAUUGUUAAUACUACGAGGGGAAGAAAAAAAAACUACUACUAUUAUUAUAACUACUACUUGUACAACUAUUACCACCACCACCACCACCACCAUCACCAUCAGCACCGCUGUUUAAAAAGAAGAAAUUGGGAAAAACCAUUUAUCAUCACAGCACUACCACCACUCUACCACUAUUAUUAAUACUAUUACUAAUAUCACUAUUACUAUUACUAUUACUACUAUAAUACUACUACUACUACUACUACUACUAUUGAUACUACUACUAUUACUACUACUAUUACUAUUACUAUUAUUACUACUACUACUAUUACUAAUUAAUAACAGCGCUAUAUUGUAAGCUAAACUACUACUAUGUUAUCGCUAUUCUUAACUAUUAAUUGUAAAACGAAGGACGACCGCAUACAGCUGUUACUAUUAAAUCGCCUAUCUCGAUUAUUAAGACAAGGCACACCGUGCCCAAUGGGAGAGGAGGGCGUUGCUAUUGCUGACUAUUACUUAAUUCACUCACUAACUAAACUAACUAAACUAACUAAUCGCUUUAUGGUUACUACGGGAGAAGAACGAUUCUUUAGUGUAAAUAUGAAUAAAUAUUAAUUACGACGCGAGGCGAAUAGGGUACGUAAAACGCACGCUUAGGGUGGAUCGCUCUUUGUUUUUGUAGAUUAUUAAUAAUUGUUCACUGAAUCGUUCGUUGUUACAUGAUGCACAAAUGUUUUAAUUAUAUAUAUAUAUACGUACAUAUAUACAUAUGUAUAAACCUUAAAAGAUUAAUUGUUUUUUAGAUAAAUGAAGAAAGCUUUAUUAGAACGUCUUUAUUUAAAUCGAAAAACGAGAUUGCACCACUGCAUACUGUAAUACGAGCGAUUUGGAAGAGGGCGCUCCACUCUAGGCAUUCAUAGUUAUAUCACGCACAGGGGCAGAGAGACAGUCGAAUUCAUCGAUCCUUGGACCCCUAGAGAUCCGUUCGAUCGAGGAUUUUGCACACUUUCUUUCGAACUCUUCGCCAACCAUCUUUGACGAUAUUUCAUUUUAUCGCGAGAAAAAGGGAAAAAAAGUAAUCGAGCCUCGUUAAACGAUUAGACGAUUAAUAAAUUUAUUUUAAACGAUCUAGAGCUUCCUUCGGCAAAAGUGAUUCGCGCAAAGUGUUCGAAAGAAAUCACGAUAGAUGUAUAAGGAAUUUUAAUACUUUCCUCGAUGCCAAUAGGGAUUGUAACGAGACACUCGGUGUUCUUAUUUUGUUAAAAAUAGCGAAGACGCGCGGGCACUCAACGCCGACGAUUAAUAACGAACAACAAAAAAAAAAAAAGAAAGAAAAUUUAAAAAUUCAUAGAAUUAUAACGAAACAAAACCAGGGUGGUUCGGGAUACGUGUACAUUACGCACUUCUCACCGCGUGACUUUUGUUUUUUUUUUUCUUUUUUUUUUCUAUUUUAAUUAAAAAUUGUACGAGAUUUGUAGAAAUUGACUUGAUCAAGAAUCACGUAUCGAUCGAUAGUAGAAUUUUUAUAACGUUAAAAUUUAUGUGUAGUACGUUCUCAAAGUUCCUCUUUAUUAACUUACUAUAUUGUAAUAUUUUAUUAUCGCAACAAAAAAAAAAGGAAAUAGGUUUUGUAAAAGAAUAUUUAGUCAUAUUAGAAAGCUUGGGAAAAUUAUUAAAAAAAAAAAAAAGAUACGUGAUUCGGGAAUGGUCAACGUACGAUUUCGUGAGUGCAAAUAGAGUAGAGUGCCAAUUAGGAUAGAAGGAUUACAAAGUAGUAGUGUUAGGUCUUCCUAAUGGGGUGAAAGAUCGUGGUUAGAUCGGCUUUCAAAACACAGAUUCGCGGGGAAAGAUUACUCUUAAUUUCAAAUUAAAUUUCAGCGAAAUAUAACUCAAUAAAAUAUCAAAGUUUUCGUGAGUUUUUCACGAGAUAAUAAAAAUGAAUAAAAAAAAAAAAAAAUCGAAUUGAGAGAAAUCUUUCAUCGCAACGCCUGGUGAAUCGCUUUUACCAGCUGAGAGUCCAGCCAAUCGGGUUUCCGCUCAAAAAAAAAAAUGGCGUCCCAACAUCGAGCUCGCGUCGCGCCGAUUUCUCUCGGGGCAUCCACGUGAAAAACAUUUUCUAAUAGCGUCUCGAGCUGCCUUGAACCGAAAGUGCAUUAAAAAAAAUUCGUCCGCACGAAUCGAAAUUCCGCCGGUCGAAAUUCAUUGCGGCUGGGAUCACACGUGUCUCCGAACGAAGAAGAGAGAUCUUGAUUCUAAAAGGAAAAAAAAAAAAAAAAACAAGGUAAAAGAAAAAAAAAAAGUAACGAUACGUUAGUUAGAUAUUUUGUAUUUUAUAGCGACGAUGUUGUGAUAUAUAUCGAUUCGAACAGUGAACGUUGUAGAGAUAGUUAACCUCGUUGUGCGAAUGGGAAGUUUCGUAUCUCGCUUCGUAUCGUAGCAAUUAUAGAUAGAUUAUUUAAUUGCAUAUCUCGUGAUAAUUUGUUACUUAAGUAGUCCUAGUUAAUUUAUUGAGGAGAGUGAUCGUUUUAAUAUUACCUCGUAAUAUUCGUAUUUAAAAAGUGAUCGUGAAAAUCAAUUUUUUUUUUCCAACUUAACCUUACUUCCAUCCAUUUGUAAUCUAACCUUCAACGAUAGUCGUGCGUAUUAAUCGAACUUCUUCCAAGCUGAAGUUCGUUCGAAGGAAAAAAACGAGAAAAGAAGAAAAGGAAUUAUUAUCGCUUCCAUUCCCUUGAAUAUCAUUUAUAUCGACAACGAGAAGGAUAGAUCGAUGGAGGUGGUUCUCAGCCGCAAAGUUCUCUCCGGUGCGACAGUGCGCACGAGGACUUUUUCUACGUAAGAUAGAUAUUUCUCUAGUAGACUUUAGGGGGCGGGGCGACGUCGAUACGAACGAUUGUCUAGGAGAAGCGAGGAAAGUUUAAUUACGCAUCGGUCUCGCGUCUCGAUCGAAAAGGAAAAAAAAAAUUAGGUUCGAGGAUAAAAAUAGGGGAAAAAAGUAACGAAAUAUCGACUGGAUAUCCCGAGCCACCCGCUGCUACACGGGUCAAAAAUGGAUUAGAAAAUAAAUCGAGAACAUUGUUCUUAGAAAAA